AAUCCAAAACCGUAGAAGAAGAAGUCAAGCCAAUCAAAUGCCAGGUUACUUCACCCAACGCGCAUGCGCACUGAUGCGGCAAAUUCAUGUGCUGUCCGGAGUGGAGGUCAUAGACGCCUGAACAAAACCCAGUAAAAUUAGAUUUUCCACAAUGGCCAAACUGUUCGAGUCGAUUGGUAAACUGGGACUGGCAUUGGCCAUAGGUGGAAGUGUCGUCAACUCUGCCCUGUUCAAUGUUGAUGCAGGGCACCAGGCGGUGAUAUUUGACAGGUUCCAGGGCGUAAAGGAGGCAGUCAUCGGCGAGGGCACUCACUUCCUAAUUCCGUGGGUGCAGAAACCCAUCAUUUUUGAUUGUCGCUCCCGUCCCCGAAAUGUGCCCGUCGUCACAGGAAGCAAAGAUUUGCAGAAUGUCAACAUCACAUUACGAAUCCUCUUCCGGCCGGUGACCGCUGAGCUCCCACGUAUCUUCAAGAGCAUUGGUGAGGAUUAUGACGAAAGAGUGUUGCCAUCCAUCACCACGGAGGUGCUGAAAGCUGUCGUGGCUCGUUUUGAUGCUGGCGAGCUCAUCACGCAGAGAGAGCUGGUCUCUCGCCAGGUCAGCGAGGACCUUACAGAAAGAGCCAACACCUUCGGCCUUAUUUUGGAUGACGUUUCAUUGACACACUUGACGUUUGGCAAGGAGUUUACAGAGGCUGUAGAGAUGAAGCAGGUGGCACAGCAGGAGGCUGAGAGAGCCAGAUUUGUUGUGGAGAAGGCGGAACAAUUAAAGCAGGCUGCCAUCAUCUCCGCCGAGGGCGACUCCCAGGCCGCCCUGCUCAUCGCCAACUCCCUCCAGGAUGCCGGCGACGGCUUGGUGGAGCUGCGCAAACUGGAGGCCGCCGAGGAAAUUGCCCUCCAGCUGUCUCGUGCAAGAAACAUAACAUACCUGCCAUCGGGACAGGCCACGUUGAUCCAGUUGCCUCAGUGAUAACAUCCGUGUAAACUAUAUUCAGUGAACCAUGUGGGAGAAUUGUCUAGGACUCGCCCUUACUGCUACUUGUGUCUUUAGCGUGCGGAUGUGAAGAACUUACAACAAUUAAAAAUGUAUUUCUAUCAUCAUGUGA